AAGUUGGGACUUUAUUAAGAUGUCUUCUCUUUACACUUCACUCUACAAGUAUCACACGCUUCAUUUCAUUCUCUCUACUCCAACAAGAAACCAAAGCAAGAAGAGGAAGAGAGACAUAGCUACAGUACUGCUGGAUAAUUAUGGGGAGGGGAAAGAUAGAGAUCAAGAGGAUCGAGAAUACUACCAACAGGCAAGUUACCUUCUCGAAACGCCGAGGAGGGUUGUUGAAAAAGGCUCAUGAACUUGCUGUGUUGUGUGAUGCCCAACUUGGGCUCAUCAUUUUCUCUAGCACUGGCAAGAUGUAUGAAUAUUGCAGCUCCCACUGCAGCAUGCAACAAAUCAUGGAAAGAUACCAAAAGGUGUCAGGGACUCGUAUCCAGGAGUAUGACAACAAGCAAGUAUUCAAUGAAUUGACAAAGAUGAGGAGUGAGACUGAUAAGCUUCAAGCAAGCAUGAGACAUUUCUAUGGAGAGGAUUUGGGUUCUUUACCUUAUAACGACUUGCAUCAGCUUGAAGAAACACUUGAGAACUCUGUUAACAAAAUAAGAGCCAGGAAGAACCAGCUAAUGCAACAACAGCUUGACAAUCUUCGUAGGAAGGAGCAAAUCUUACAGGACCAGCACAACCAGAUGUACCGUUGUAUUCAAGAGCUGGAGCAGCAGCAAGUAGUGAUGGAACAGAAGAGCAUGGAACAGCAGCAGCAGCAGCAACCAGUAUUGGAUAUUGGGCUUUAUGCAGAUGAUUUGGGGAGAAACAUGCUUCAUCUCUCCCCUCUCUCUCCACCUCCUCCUCCUCAUCAUCAGUUUCACACUACUACUCAUCCUCAUCAUCGUCUUCAGCCUACUCAGCCUAACCUCCAAGAAGCUACUACUACUACUCUCCCACGCCAUGCUUUGCAGCUUUAA